AUGUUCAAAUCAAAGGGUGUUAUUUCGGUAACACUAUGGUGCACGUUGUCAGUAGGCUUUGUCACUUCAAAGCUUAUUGUACAAAUGUCACGAGUUGAAGUUAUCAACCACAGGAUGGACAUAGUGAAUGCUACGGCUAGCAUCAGACGAAUCGGAACGCGUGGAAACUACGUCGCCGAUUUUACCGUUGCCGUGUUUAAACAACUUACCGAUUUGCAGGUUACCACCUCGUACUACAUCCCCGCGUUCGAUGGAAGCUUAGAUAAACCCAUCUACAACCGUACGGUCAACUUCUGUACGUACCUGAGACGGCCCGGAACCGAUCGGAUUCUGCAGAUGAUCUACGAAGAUCUAAACCGGCGCGGAAAUCUGCCAAAAAGUUGCCCCGUUACCAUCGGCACGUACUCGUUCAACACGAGCUUCGACAGCUUCCGAUUGCCAGGGUUUCUGCCGGAGAGCAACUUUCGUUUCGAUUUGAAUUUUCACCAACGGCGUGAGCCUUACUUUGACUCUAACUGGUUCGAUUCGUCGUUCUGGCUCGAGAACUUCUAUUGA